CAACACAGCACAACACAAAACAACAGUUUCUUUUCUUUGCUGUUUUCCAAUUCAAAGGAAGCAAUUAUCACGUGCCUGGCAUGCUCGUAAUCCCUACCAUGUGUCUCUCUCUCUCUGAAACUCCAUAUAUAAAGUUAUAAACCACAAGAACCACCCUUUCUCUUUUUCCUUUAUUAUUUCGUUUGGUUUGGCCUCCGUAUAUUGUUCCUCUUUCUCUGAUCGACGGAAAACUAAAACCAAAACCUCAAAGAUGGGUAAGAAGAGAAAGUCUAUAGCUUCAAGCCUCGAUGAGGUCGAUCGAACCAUGUAUACCUCCUUUUGCAGUGCAGCCAAUUCCCUCUCACAACUCUACACUCACGCCAUGAACCAUCAGAAACUCUCCUUCCAAGCCGGUGAACGCCACGGCCUCGAAAAACUUUAUCAGUGGAUCCGGAGACAACAAGAAGGUGGAUCAAGAGUCGCAACAGUUGAUAUUCUUAACUACAUUCAGAAUGAGCUGGAUUAUUAUGGAGAGGAGCCAUCCAUGUCGCCAAGAGCACCACAGCAACAUCAUCAGUCACAACCAGUAAUGCAUGUCACUAGUUCAGGCUUUCCUGUAACUUCAGGAUCUUCUGGCCAAACAGUUCUGGGGCAGGGACUCCGUUCUGAGCACUGUGAUAAUCAUUCAAAGAAUUCUGUGUUUUCAAAUGCUUUGUCAAGCCCUGUUCGUCAAAGUCUUCAGCAUUAUCAAAUUGGUGAGGGAGGAAACUAUCCAAGUGGUCUCUCCGUGGGCAAUGGAAACCGGAACACUGAACCCAGCUUUCUUCACCAGCAAGGCAGGGACAGUACUGCAUUCAGUUCCAAUGAUUCUGCCAUGGACAUGCAUGCAGAUUAGUCCUGUCUAUUGGUUGAUCUACUGGAUAUUUUUGUUUGACCAUCCUUCUCCAUUACCUGCAAAAGAAGUGAAUAACCACUUGAAGUGCAUAUCUGGUUUUGCUCGUUGCAUCCUACAAGAAAUUGCAGCAGGAGGGAACCAGUUUGAUUAACCUAUUAUUAUGUUUAUGGCAUCUUAAAUUAUCUUUGUAAAGCUUUUUGUAGCUUUUAAAUUUGUACCUUGCUUGUCUCCCCCCACCCUUCUUUCUCGAGAACAACUUUUUCAAUAUAGGGAUUGCUUCUAUCUGAAGUUUCCUAUGUAAAAUAUGUCCUUUUUGCAGAUUCUCUAUGUGACAAUUUACAUCU